GCAUUCUACGUUUGUGUGCCGUAGAUGAAAGCGGUUGUUCAAAAGCGCCGGUCGAGUUCGCCAGUCGCUCCUUCUGUCGAUCGUGCGGUUGCUUUUGACUUGUGUUUACAACGCGUUCUUCCUUUGAAAAAAAAACAAAAACAUGCUUCCGAAGGUCUUCUAAAUUAAAAAUGGACGAAAAUUAUUCUAAAUACGAAUUUUAAAACCUGUAGUGAACAAUUAGUGUUUGUUAGUGGGAAAAAUGUGUGUAUUUCGCCUGUUUUUAUUCGUUUCGCUGCUCUUAUCCGGUAUUCUACAAAGCUCUGGAUAUGAAGAUGUACAUCAUUCGGCGCAUAGAAUUAAAGCUCAUCGACCCAGCCGGAGACAUAGAGCUGCCAAUGAUGGCGCGCUGCGUUUCGAUCCGGAGCCCUAUAACCGCAAGCUGGGACUGAACUCCUCGGGGAAGGUGCACUGCAAAGUCGCCGGUGGCGUAGCACCAACUGUGCAAUGGUUUUUGAACGAACAGGACCCGUUACCUGAAGGAGUGACGUCACAGAACGGAACUCUGCUGGUGACGGAUGCGUCACGCCGUCAUUCCGGCCAGUACACCUGCCGUGCUACUGAUGGAGAUCAUUCUAUCACCGCCAAGAUUACUCUGGAUGUUGUUGUAUCGCCACGUGUAAUAGAACCGGAAGCCGGACAGCAGAGGCACGUGUCCAUCGGACAAACAGUCCGGCUGGACUGCCGGGCGUCCGGAGAUCCGCCGCCCACUAUACACUGGGAUCGCAACUUGACCGUUCUUAAUAGACAACAAAAUGACGUAGAUGAAGAGGGUGGAGUUAACGCUUCAUUUUCAAGAUUGCUCCUCUUAAAGAAUGGUUCUCUACUAAUUCGGGAUGCAGUGGAACAAGACUCGGACAGAUACGGGUGCACUGCGGGCAGUGCCGCCGGUCUGGACCGGAAGGAACUGGUCUUGAUCGUACAUCCAGAAGGUGAAUUACCACCAUCAGAGUCAACUGGAGUAGCAGGCAAGGCGGUCCUAGUGUCUAUCUCCGUAGCGGGAGCGUACAUGUUACUAGUCCUUGCAUUAAUGGUCUACUGUAGAAGACGAAGACUGCAAAGAAGACAGAGAGGAGAGAAAAUGGAGUUAGAGAUGCAAGAAGGACGAGAGAAGUUAGUGGAAGAGGGGGAAGAAGAUAAAAAGAAUCAAAAUGGCGCUGCCGUGCAGAAUGGAAGACUUUUGCCUAUGGAUAGAGAUAGUGGUGCGGAUAAUUCUGAAGUGUCCGGUAUAUCUAAAGCUUCUAAGAAGUCCGGACAAUAUGAGCAUUUGUCAAUACCACGGACAUUGCUCACCGAAGAAAUUACAUUGGGUCGCGGUGAAUUUGGCGAUGUUCUGAUGGCUAAGAUAGAUAUUGUACAAGUUAGAAAACUGCGCACCAAAGAGGAAGGAGAUUGUGAGCCGCAGAUAAAACCUGUUCUUGUCAAAGUUCUCACCACCAAAGAUGAGGUACAAUUAGCAGAAUUCCGUCGCCAGUUGGAUAUGUUCAAUCGCGUGCGACAUGAAAAUGUCGCGCGACUGAUCGGUCUGUGCAACGACGCGGACCCACACUACAUGCUUCUCGAACAUACAGACUGGGGUGACCUGAAAAGCUUCUUAAUCGCAACUCGCUCUGAAGAAGAGGACGCGGAGUACUGCGCGCGCGUUGGGCCCGCGUAUGUACCGCGUAGUGAACGCCGCGCAGAACAACUAGGGCCGCACCACGCCGCGCUGCUCGCCGCGCACCUCGCCGCGGCUGCCGCGCGACUCGCCGCCAAGCGCAUCACGCACAGGGACAUAGCUGCGCGCAAUUGCGUCAUAACUUCCCAGUUGCAGCUGAAACUGUCGUAUCCUGCGCUAACACGCGGCCCGCACUCGCACGAGUACUACAAGCUGCAUGAUCAGGUUAUACCGCUGAGAUGGCUACCUUCAGAGGCUGUACUUGAAGGAGAUUAUUCUACCAAAUCUGAUGUCUACAUGUUUGCUGCUACUGUUUGGGAGAUUUAUACAAAAGCAGAGUUGCCAUUUGCUAAAUUGAAUGAUAACUCAGUACUUGAGAGGCUGAAGACAGGCAAACAGGAAUGGGUCACACCGUCAGCUAUGCCGGACAAAAUGGCCACAUUGCUUAAACGCUGUUGGAGUCACUCGCCCACAGAUCGUCCGCAAUUUUCAGAAAUAUGUGAAGAAGUUGGUAAUAUAUUGAAAGAAAUCACCGCUGAGAAUGCAUCUCAACACUCACAGACAGAAGUAGAAGAAUAAAGAAUAAAG